AUGGCUGGCUCUGGAGUUUUCAUGACCUUGUUGAACGUUACCACGGUGCACCUCCCGACUGGGUAUGUUUUCCGCCCCAGCGAUGGUGAGCUUGUCCUCCACUACCUAUACCGUCGUGCCAUUCAGGUGCCACUGUUGUGCGACUUCAUCAUUGAUGUCGAGAUCUUGCGGCACAACCCUUGGGAUAUUGUUCGAGUAGUGGACGAGAAGAAUGGGAAGCACUUCUUCACCCGCAAGGAAAGAAAGCACCCUGGCGACCACCGCAGCAACCGUGCCACCGGCAAUGGUUUCUGGAGGUCAGCAGGCUCAGAGGCACCGGUGUAGUACAGCGCCGGUGGUGGCGCUGAAGAAGUGCUGGUGGGGAUGAAGCGCACCCUGGUCUUCCACUAUGGGAAGCCUUCAUCCGCGGAGCGCACUGAAUGGGCAAUGCAAGAGUUCCGACUAGCAUGUUGA